AAACCACUUCUUUCAACCCACAUCGGCAGCUUAAUUAGCUCUGCGCCAAGAAAUUGCUUCCAAUUUCCGGUUUCCAGACACUAUGAAAAGCCACACCUCUCUCUUCCGCCUCUCUCUCCUCUCAGCGGCGUUAGCGUCACUCUUCGCUGCCGGUGCCGGUGCUGCUACCGCCACCCCCACCACAUACUCCGACAACUCCAAAGCUAUCGAUUUCAUCCGUACAAGCUGCAACGCAACUUUGUAUCCAGAACUCUGUUACACCUCCCUCUCCGCCUAUGCCAAGAGCAUCCAACAAAGCGCCGCCCACCUGGCCCGCAUCGCAGUUGCUAUCAGCCUCUCCACGGCCAGCCACAUGGCCUCCUACGUGGCCAAACUCUCCCGCCAGGCAGACUACGGCGCAGCGCCGCUAACCGCCGUCGCCCUUCAUGAUUGCUUCUCCACCUUCGACGACGCCAUCGACCAGAUUCGCGGCUCUCUCAAGCAGCUGAAGCAGAUGAAGCAGAUGAAGGCCAGUGAAUCGUUUAUGUUUCAGAUGGCUAACGUGCAGACGUGGAUGAGCGCCGCGCUUACCAACGAGGAGACGUGCACCGAUGGAUUCGAAGACGUGCCUGACGGCGCCCUGAAAUCGGAGGUGUGCGACCGGGCUGCGAACGUGAAGAAGUUCACCAGCAAUGCGCUUGCCUUGGUUAAUAGUUAUGUUAACAAGGAAACUAACCCUACGGAAACGCCUUGAUUUCACAUCUUCUGUCUUGUAAAAAAUGGGGAAAAAAAGAAGGUAAAACUGAGUUAUAGUAUCUUAGUUUUCUUGGGUUUUGCUUUGUAUUUAGUUAUGGUGCUGUUCCUUCUUUCCUGUUUGAAAGAAAGAGAAAGAAGCUUUUUAAAAUUUUAACA